GGGCCACUUCAGAAGUGGACGGGCCCAGCGCGCCUGCGCGGAGCGGCCCUGCGCGCAGCGAGCGGCGGCGAGGGAAGGCACCGGUGGGGCCGGCGAGCGAAGUCCCAGUGCGCGCCGCGGCGGCCGGGGUGCCCUCCCCUUCCGGGCGUGCGGCGCUGCGAGGAGCGCCGAGCGGAGCGGACUCGCACCGGCAGCGCCCGCGUCUCCUCGGCCCGGCCGCUCAGGGCUUCGGCGCGCCCGUCGCGGGGCCCGUGUUCCUCGGCAGCCCCGGCUCCAGCAGCCCGCGGAGCCUGUCCCCAGCCCUCCGGAAGCCCCGGCGCCCGCCCGGGCCCUGUCGUGGAGGAUGACGGAGCUGCAGUCGGCGCUGCUACUGCGGAGACAGCUGGCAGAACUCAACAAAAAUCCAGUCGAAGGCUUUUCAGCAGGUUUAAUAGAUGACAAUGAUCUCUACCGAUGGGAAGUCCUUAUCAUUGGACCUCCAGAUACACUUUACGAAGGUGGUGUUUUUAAGGCUCAUCUCACUUUUCCAAAAGAUUAUCCCCUUCGACCUCCUAAAAUGAAAUUCAUUACAGAAAUCUGGCACCCAAAUGUUGAUAAAAAUGGUGAUGUGUGCAUUUCUAUUCUUCAUGAGCCUGGGGAAGAUAAGUAUGGUUAUGAAAAGCCGGAAGAACGCUGGCUUCCCAUCCACACUGUGGAAACCAUCAUGAUUAGUGUCAUUUCUAUGCUGGCAGACCCUAAUGGAGAUUCACCUGCUAAUGUUGAUGCAGCGAAAGAAUGGAGGGAAGACAGAAACGGGGAAUUCAAAAGGAAAGUUGCCCGCUGUGUAAGAAAAAGCCAAGAGACUGCUUUUGAGUGACAUUUAUUCAAUAGCUAUAACUUCACUUAUUUCAGGGUCUCCAGUUGAGAAAUGUGGCACUGUUUUUCCUGCACUCUACCCACCUAUUGCUGGACUUCUGUUGUAACAAGUUGGCAAACACUGGCUGGAACUGGGCUGCAAUAAAACAUGCCAGUAUCAAUGCUGACAAGAGCCUAACAAGUGCCAACUUACAGAUGAUUACGCAUUUUGAAUUCUAAUGAACUGUUUUAACCUUCAGGAAGAAUUGUAAAGACCUGUACAUAGCACAACAUGAUCCGGAUAAUAUAUAUACUGUUCAUGUACAUCCACCAAUACAUCUUGUACCAAAUAAUGCUUUCUUGUAGUAGAAUAAGAAUCGUGUAAAUUCUAAAAGAUUUUAGCAGGGUUUCUUUACCUAUUCAUUGUUUCUUAUCAGUUUUAAAAGACUCCUUUAAAGCAUGUCAGAUGAAAAGCAAUUAGGAUUAAAAGUUUCCAUUUAAUUUCCUUUAAACCAUUGAGAUUUCAUUAAAAUCUUUUCACUUACUAAACUUUUGUAUCUUCUUUGUUUUGACACACUCCCCUUUGCUUUUCUCUCUUCUAUCUGCCAGAAUGUUCUCCAAUCAUUUAGUUCAAAUAUUGAAAUACUUAAUAAGCAACUACUUGAUUUUUAAUGAUGACCUCAGUGUGGUCAUCACUAGGUGCUUUGUCCUUUUUGUAUUCUAGCGCAACCUGUGUCUUGGAUUGGAUGUAGCAAUAAUACUUUUUGGCUAUUAAGAGCUCUUGAACUCAGUUAUUACUUCCAAGAACUAAAAAAAGUUGAUCCUGAAUUCAGGUUAUUGAAAAAUUUCCCAAACAGUGCAAGAUUUUAUCUGAUUUGUUUCAUUUUUUGCCCGAUUUUGCAGUUACCUACUGUUAAGGUUGGAUGCUAAAGCAUGCACAGAUACAGGCUUUUUUUUCUGGGUUUGCAAUUAAAAGUGCUGUUUAUCCUAAUACCCUUUUCCUUUGUCCUUUAUAUUUCUUUGCCUCUAUUCCUUCUACUGCAGAUUUUUCUCACCUAUUGUACAAAGAGAUUGCGAUGUAUAUUUUCAUGUAAUUUGAUUUUGGAAUUCUGUCACCUUAUGUAGUGAGUUCUUCCAAAAUACAAUUUUUUUUCCAAUAAUUGUCAAGUUGUUGGCUUUUAUUGUAUCAAAUGAAGGUUAUAUUAUUGAGUGCUAGAGAAGUGCAGUUGAGAAAAAUCUCAGGUUGAUUUUUUUAUGCAAACAAACUUAGUACUUGAAAAUCACAUGGCCAUUGCAGUGUAUAAUAGUUUGUUUUCAAUGACUUUCAAAGGAUUACAGAGGUAUAAUAAAUGCCUUGUUAUUUGACAUACAGAUUCUGAUGCUAAUGUAGUAGGGUAUAUUUGAGCGUAAGUAUAUUUCAUAUCAUGCAGUUUUCUGAAACAACUUAAAAAAUGGUGAAAUGAGCAUGUGCAGUGUUAAGUCAGAUCCAGGUUCUCUGUUUGGUGUGAGGCUGAAAUUAGGAUGUAAUCUAUGGCAUAUGAGGGAUAGAAACAUAGACAGUACUAGAUGGGACAUGAUGUUAAAAGUGUGAGAAUUGGUAUAUCUCUGCCCUGUGGAAGUUGGAGAAAUGCUUCAGCAGAUUUCUUCCAUAACCCCAUCCUCUACAAAUAAUUGCAUUAAAAAUAAUUCUUUUGUCAAUCAAAAGUAAAAUGCUUGAAGAUGCAGUAAUGGUAGAUUGCCUUUUGUAAAUCCCAGUUUGUUCUGUACUCUAAAGUAUUAUAAAAAGCCAUAACUAUGUGAUAAUUCAUUAUGAAGAUGAUUUUUUUUUAUUGAAGCCCAGUUUUUUUUUUCAAGAACUUUGAGACUUGCUUUUUUCCCGAAGACUAAAAUUUUUGCAUCAAAAUGCCAGUAUUGCACUCUUACCUGGGACUUUGAAUGCAAUCUCUUUAGUAAAAGAAAUUGUAAUUUCUUUUACUAAAUUUCUUAUUUACAUAAGAAAUUGUUCAUUCUGUGGUUGCUUUUGGCAAACUGGAAUCAGAAUUUGGCUCUCUUUAUGAUGUAACUGCUUUGCAAACUGUUCACUUAAAUCCUGGGAUUUGACAUUUUGGGGAAUAGCAAAGGACCUCGUAGCUCAGGGACAACUAACUGUUUGAACUUUAAGUGCCACUUCUAUGCAGUUAUUUUGGGAUAAUUAUGGGGUAUUUCUUAGAGCUAGAUCUACAAGAAAGGAGAAAAGGAGUGAGUAUACUUCUCUUCACACUUUUUUCCACCUAAGCCCUGAUGUGCUACAGAAUUACCUGCCUAGGUAGUAAACUUCUUUUCCUGUCAGAGGUAUCAUCUGUGCCUUUUAAGUGUUCAUCUGACAACUUCAAUGCCUCUACAUUUACGAUAAAACCACAUUCAGGUGACAGUAAUCCAGGUGGCUUUUGUCGCACCAGUGUCUCAUUAGUGUGAGGCAAGUCCUCUGCUUUAGGGAAAUCCACCCCCCAAACUCCCAAGCUUGUGCCAAUUAUGAACUUAGGAAUUGUGGAGGUGUUGACUAUUUCCUAAAUUGAUUCCAAGUUCUUGUGAAGACUUAAGAGAUUUCAGUUUGCCCAUAAGAAGGUGCAAAAUCUCGAAAAUCUCAGUGGCUUUUUUUUUCUUUUUUUUUUGGGUCACGCCUGGUGGUGCUCAGGGGUCACUCCUAGCAGUGCUCAGGGGACCAUAUAGGAUGCUGGAAUCAAACCCAGGUCGGCUGCAUGCAAGGAAAACGCCCUACCUGCUGACUAUGGCUCUGGUCCCACUCAGUGGCUUUCUAGCCUCUCUUUGUGAUUUUAAAAUCCAUAUGAUGUUGGUUUCCUUGUCAUUAUAAUAUCUUUGUGAGGUUAUUUCACUAAGUUCUGUAAUCACUUGGGUGUUACAGUAUCUUUAAUGGCCUUCAUUCUCAGUUGUGAAUAUUAAUUUUAUAUGCUCCCUCAUCCUCUACAAAUCUGCCCAUUUGGGUUCUGGUGCCUGUGUAUCUUUGCCUGUCUGGUCUCCAGUUGGUGGAAUUACCUUUUUGUACUGCCACUUCUCAGCAUCUUUGAAAUUUGACAUAUUGUUGCUUCAUUCCAGUUUUUUUUUUUCAGUUCUGUAAUUUGUUGAUUGUAUUUAACUAUGUGAGUUUUGUUGUGAUGUUUACUGUAUUGUAAAGCACCUCAAUCAUGUGGUGGGUGCUCUAUAAAUCAAUAAAUGAUGACUUAGAGGCUG